CAAGUGUCUUGGAGCAGAUACCUCUCUGGUUGGGUACUUUUUCGCGGCACAUUCUUGGUGAACCUUCGCUCGUGUUCCGCUGGCGCACUUAUCUCCAGCUCGCUGUUUAGCGCCAAGUGCAAGCCCGGUUCUUCAGGGUUUAGUGCGUGCGCGAGCAGUCGGCAGCUGCCACCACCUCCGUCACCACCACCUCCCGUAGUAUGCGUGUCCGACGCCCCACCCCGCCACCUGAAGAACUCGUCCCAUCCCAAUCGCCUCCCUCGGCGCCACCCCCGUCUUCCCCACCUCCGGCUCCUCGCACAAUGCCGUCUCCAGCGCGUUCUAGCGCCUGCGUGCUGCUGCUGUGCGGGCUCGCGCUGCUUGGGUGCGGCCUGUACGCGUUCAGCGCCGGCAGCAGUAGCAGCUCCUCCCAGCGAGGGCUUAGCCUUUUCCGGAGACCUCAGGCUCUUGUGACAUCCGUAGCAGACGGAGCUGCUAAGGCAGGCGCGCGGUCUGACCAGCACCGUCUGCGGGGACACCAGGGCACCUCGCUAGCACAUCCCUUGCGUGUGUGCGCGUCGGGCAGCAUGUCGACUCCCGAGGAUGGCGGCGCUCCGGCCCUACGCGACCAGUAUUCGCUGUGGGCCCAGCCCAAGGGGCGGCUGGGCGAGCAGCUCAAGGCGGAGAUCGCGCACCUGGCGGCGCGGCACGGCGCGCCCGUCUUCCCGCCGCACACCACUGUGCUGGGCGACAUCGAGCGGCCGGGCGGACGGCAGGAGGUGCUGGCGGUAGCGGCGGAGCUGGCAAAGAAGGUCAAGAAGUACCGCAUUAACUUCACGGACGUGACUCGGGGCUCCAUCUACUACCAGUGCGUGUACCUGAGCGUGGCCAAGGACGAGGGAGCCAUGGCCGCUGCCGCCACCGCCCGCGAGGUGUUCGGCAUCACCACAGGCCCCUACAUGCCGCACCUGUCCCUGCUGUACUCAGACAUCCCCCAGGAGGAGCGUGCCAAGGCUGUGGAGUACGAGACCGCGCGGCUGUACGGCGAGUCGUCCGGCUACGACACCCUGCUGGUGGAGAACGGGUACCAGGUGGACAGCUUGGCGGUAUGGUACACGCCGGUUGCGGACAAGAGUCUGCAGUCCUGGUGCCUGGUGGGGGAGUUCGAGCUGACUGGUUGAUUGGCGGGAGGGGAUGGGGGAGAGGCCGACAGACAGCGACGGGCAGGAUUGGGGUUCACAUAGGGCUCGGCUUACAUUCAAAGGCGGCCUCUUGCCGCACAUGUUAUACUUGGUUUGAAGGCGUUACGGUCGCUACCUGUGGCUAUCGGAGGUUAUCGGAGGGGGGGGAGGAGGCACGCCGUCACGCCCGGUCACGCCCACACGGCGACUGAACAGCAGGCAGUAGGAGUAGCGGUGCCGGUGGCGCUCCCACCUUCCUCCCGUCCGUGGCCGAUUUGCACGCCGUACUUGACACAGCAUUCUGUGCCCUGUAUCUUGUGCCUCUGUGCCUCUGUGUGUGUGUGGGGAGGGGUAUGUGCCCAACGAAAUAGGUCCCAGUAGUCAAAGAUUCGUCGCCCACCCCAGGAAUGCAGUGCGAGGGGGGGCUAUGACAGCUUUAGGGUGGAACACCAGCGCCGGCGUCAGCAGGGAAUCGGUGGACGCAGAUGAGGUGCAUAGUAGUGGCUAUCGUCGGUGUUCGCGGAAUCGCGGUGGUGGCAUGAGUGAAUUUGGCAGAAACAACAGCCGUGUAAUGCAACAGCGUC